AUGCCCUUCACAAAGAAACCACGCAACUCAGACGACAAGAAGCCACGCAAAGACUUUAAAAAAGGUGGCUAUUCUGACCACAAAAAGCCAUUUUCUAGUGGAAAGAAAGAACGCUCGGGUGACUCAGCUCACAAAGGACAAAAGGGUUCCCGCUCCGAACCGACUAAAAAUGGAUUCAAGCGCCCCAAUCCAUUUGGAGAAAAGGUGACGACUGAAUUAAAGAAAGAGUACAAAGAGAAACAACAAAAGAAAGAGGCUGUUGAUGACGCGUCGACUCAAAUGAAGCAAUUGAUCGACUCCCAUUUUAAGUCGCACAAGAAAUGGACUGCCAGUGAAGUCCAACAGCUUUUGACACUUUCCAAAGGGAAUAUGUACAAUUUAAGUCUUCGCCCGGACUCCUCUCGAGUUGUUCAAACUGUUUUGAAGUACGGAGACAAAGAACAACGCAAAGAAGUAUUAGAAGAGUUAGACGAUAAAAUCAUAACACUGACAAAAGACACGUACGGACAUUUCUUAGUGAAAAAAAUGUUUAAGUACCUUGCCCCAAAUUUCACUAAAAUCUUCAUCGAAAAGAUUUCGACGAUGUUGGGCGACCUUUUGAAUCACAAGAGUUCCGUCGAUGUCCUCUUGACACUUUGUGACUUCAUCCCAAAAGGGAAGCAACAUGAGCUCGUAGAAACAAUGUAUGGCCCCAAGUACCAAUAUUUGAAACAACAAAACCCACAACUGAAAACUGUGAAGGAGAUUGUGGACACUAGCGAAGUCAUGAAGAAUGUGAUUAGCAAGGAAAUGGGAGAGACAGUGAUGAAGAUGUUGAAUAAGGAGAAAUUUGAAUACACUCCGUUCGUCGCGCAGAUGUUUUACGAUUACUCCACUGUCGUCGAAGGAACUGAAGCAAUCGAGUUUGCUCAGACUUUGGCGGAGAGCAUUUCUUUGUUUGUGAAACAUCCCGAAGGGCCGAAGUUGUUACGAUUUGUGAUCAUGAAUUGCUCGUCGAAGUAUCGUAAGACACUCGUUAAAGAAUUUGAAGAGCAGAUUCAAGACCUUUUGUGUGACAAGUUUGGACACAUCUGUUUACUUUACUUCAUCAGACAUGUCGAUGAUAAAGCGCUCCUUAAAAAGUUUAUAAUGAGUAAGAUCAACACGUUAAUGGUAGGGUUAGUCUAUGACAAGAAUGCUAUUCAAGUGAUCGAGUUUAUUUUAGACCCAUUGAAUACUCGCUUCUUACCACCAACUAUUAUCGACCCAUUGAAAGACAAGGGGACUUUCAGUAUUAAAGAUGAUGAUAUCAGAUUCAAGGAUUUACAGAGCGAAAUUAAAGACAAGGUCAUUGAGAUCUGUAAGAGUGAACACGACGGGUUGAUUAAGUACAAACCAACCCGAAAGUUCUUGUCUCUUGUCAAAGAACGCUUCCCAGAAGACACAGAAUUCAUCACUGCAGAGGACUUACUCCCUAAAAGAGAUGAGAACAAGGAACAGACUCCAGAAGAAACAGAAAAGAAGAAACACGACGAAGAGAAGAAAGAACUUGCAAAACCCGAGUCUGACUCAGUCAAGAAAGGGGAAGAGGAGGACGACAUCAAUGAGAUCAGAGCCGCUGUUGCGCACCAGAAGAGUGAGAAGAAAGCGGAGGAGAAGGCGAAAAAGGAGAAGAAUGACAAAAAGAAAAAGGGUUACAAAGGCUUGUAA